UUAGAAUUAUUACAUUUGCUGUGUGCCUUGUUUUAAUGAGAGAAGGUAUCAAAGAGAGCCCAUUUUUUGGUGUUCUAGGUGCCUUGCUUUUGGGCAAUGUUUAGAGUGAGAAAUGACCGUUGGAAAUUGAUGUUUUGAACUUGUUUUCACCUUGUAAUCUUCCCAAAUCAGUAAGUAAAGUCUUGUGUCAUUUUCCUGUGGAUGUAGGUCAUGAUUUAUGACCGAACCACGUUAAAUUGUUGUGCUUUGUGAAUGCAUGUUGCUGGAUUUUUCAUUUUAUAUUCUUGUUUUGAUAUUGUGUAGUUUUUAUUGCUCAUUUAUAUUGAUAUGAAUGCACAAUAAAAGUGAAUGUUAUAAACCCUUGCUGAUUUUUUACCAAUCGACCACAACAACUGGUAUCAGAGCCUAGGGUUUGUUCCUCAUUGUGCCUGUAAAGAAAGGGUUUUUGCUAUUGUGGUUAUUUACUGUAUUUUUCCUUAAAAUGGAAAAGGUAAUGGAAUUUGAAAAAUUAAAUCAAAGUAAUGGAAGAUUAUUUUGUUGGAAAAGAAUUGGAUAGGUCAAUUCAACGAAAAGAGGUCAAUUCGACGAAAAGAGGUCAUGCCCGAUGGAAUGGAAGAUCGAGAAUGGGAUAUUCUUGUUCGAAAAUGUUUUGCUACUAUUAGAUCAUGUAUUUCACCAUCAAUUUUAUUUUAUGUUUGUCAAUGUAAAACAUCUGCAGAGCUUUGGCAAUCUUUUGAGCAUCGCUCAAGUGCAAAUAAAAUGCAUGCGAUGAAAAAAUUGUUUUUUUGAAAAUGAAAGAAGGUGCAAUAAUUGGAUCGCAUGUGAGUGAAUUUAAUUCUAUUUCUCCACAAUUGAGGUCUUCGAAAGUGAAUUUGGAUGAAGAAGUUUUAUGUUUGCUUUUGCUGAGUUCUUCACCUGCUAGUUGGGAUAUCUUGGUUACCACUGUGACUAAUACAAUAGGUAACAAGUUUAAUUUGAAAGAUGUUGUGGCUUCAUUGUUGAAUGAAUGGACUAGAAAGGCAUCCACACAAAUGCUUGCUGAGUCAAAUCAAGCAUUGGCAGCAGGAGAUAGAGGAAGAACCCAACAUAGAGAUCAACAUUAUGGAUUUAAUAAGGGUAAAUCUCAUAACAGGGGUAGGUCUAAGUCACAGGGCAAGAAGGUUACUUAUUGGUAUUGCAAGAAACCUGGUCAUACAAGAAAGGAUUGGUAUGCUCUGAAGAGCAAACAAAAGGCCAAGGGCAAAGAUGAUCAUGUCGAAGCAAGUACAGUUUCAGAUAAUGAAGAUGGGGUCACUUUUAGUAUUGCAUGCACAACAUUGUCUAUUGCAGAUACUUGGGUUUUAGACUCUGGUACUUCAUUUUAUGUUUGUCCAAAAAGGUCAUAUUUUUCAUCCUACACAGAUGUGGAUGGUGGCUUGAUUUAUCUUGGUGGUGAUCGAGUUUGCAAAAUCUUGGGCAUUAGAAAUGUUGUUAUUAAGCAAUUAGAUAGAAAGAAGCACAUAUUGAUAAAUGUGAAGAGUGUUCCUGAGUUGAAGAAAAUUCUUCUUUCAACUGGGCAGUUAGAAGACUUCGGUUUCAUAGUGACUUUUGAAAAUGAGUUAUAGAACAUUUUCAGAGUUUGUAUGACAAUGUUGAAAGGGCAAAAAGAUGGGAGUAUCUACACUCUUCAUGGCACGGCUCAAAGGAAUGAUGCUACAGAGAAGAUUGUUGCUACAACUAAUAAGAAAGAGGACAUGCAGAUUUGACAUAGUCGAUUGGGUCAUCUCAAUGAGCAUGGUAUGAAGAGAGAAUGACAUUUGUAGAGCAAUGGCCGUUCCUGAGACGCCACAAUAAAAUGAUGUCAUUGAGAGGAUGCAUAGGACCAUCAUUAAAAGAGUAAGAAGCAUGCGUUCACAAUCUGGUCUUAGUAAGAAAUUUUGGGCUCUGUAUAUUUAAUCAAUAGAUCUCCCAGUGCACCCUUGAAUGGUGAAAUACCUGAAAUUGUAUAGAAAGGUAAAAGUGUGACAUAUGGACACUUGAGGACAUUUGGGUGUGAAGUUUAUGUUUAAGUGCUAAGUGAAAGUAGAAGCAAGCUGGAUGCGAAGUCAAAAAGAUAUGCUUUUCAUGGUUAUGGUGGUGAUGAUAGAGGUUAUAGGAUUUGGGAUCCUAUUGCAAAGAAGACUAUCAAAAGUCGGGAUGUUCUUUUUAAUGAGAAUAUAAUGUUCGCUGAAAGGAAGCAGGAAGAGCCAAAACAAAAAAGACUUGUUGUGGAUAUACAAGAACCAAAUCUCAUUGUUUCACCUCGACAAAUGCAAUAGAGUCGAGCUCAUUUGAUGGAGGUGAUGUUAGUUAUGAGGAUGACACUGAAUUAAUUCAAGAUGAAGAAGGACAACCAGUUACACCGGAUCUAGAAUUGAGAAGAUCCACAAGCCCUCACAAGGCCACACAAAUGUAUUCACAUUCCUUAUAUUAUGUUUUGUAUACUGAUAGUGGUGAAUCAGAAUCUUUUCAAGAGGCUAUUUAUUGCGUUAAUGCUGAAAAAUAGCAUAAACCAAUGGAGAAGGAGAUUGAUGCUUUGCAUAGUAAUGAUACAUGGGAAUUAGUGGAACUUCCACAUAGGAAGAAAGCAUUAAAGAAUAGGUAGGUAUAUGUUAUUAAGUGAGAAGCAAAUGAUCUUAUGAAAUAUAAGGCUAGACUUGUGGUGAAACAUUAUGGGCAAAAACCAGGUGUUGAUUUUAAUGAAAUUUUUACUCUUGUUGUUAAGCAUAACUCUAUUAGAGUUGUUUUAUCUUUAGUUGCUAACUUGAAUUUGGAGCUAGAACAACUUAAUAUUAAAACAACCUUCUUGAAUAAUAAUCUCGAUGAAGAAAUUUAUGUGUCAGCUUGAAGGUUUUGAGAACAAAACCAAUCCUAAUUUGGUUUGUAAGUUGAAAAAUAGAUUGUAUGGUUUGAAACAAGCAUAUAAGCAAUGGAAUAAGAAAUUUGACAGUUUUAUGCUGGGUGAAAGUUAUUCUAAAUGCGAAUUUGAUUAUUAUUUGUACUUCAAGGGUACAACAUAUGAUUCUUUUACUAUUUUGUUGCUUUAUGUUGAUAAUAUGAUUGUGGCUAGUAAUGAUCUGGGUGAAAUCAAGCGUUUAAAACUUGAUAUGUCCGAGCAUUUUGCCACCAAGGAUCUUGGAUCAGCUAAGAAGAUUUUGGACUUGCAGAUCUAUAGAGACAGACAGCAAUGUAAGCUUUGGUUAAAUCAAUCUGAAUAUAUCUAUAAAGUUCUUGAGUUAUUUAAUAUGACUGACUGUAAAUAUGUUUUUACGUCAUUAACUGCACAUUUUAUCUAAAAAGGAUUGUCCAAUGAAUGAGUUAGAUAAAAGUAAAAUGAAGAAUGAUCCAUAUAUUUCUGCAGUGGGUAGUCUAAUGUAUGUGAUGGUUUGUACUAGAAGUGACAUUGCUCAUGUAGUGGGAGUUGUUUCCAGAUUUAUGUUUAAUCCAGGUUGGAAACAUUAGCAAACAGUUAAGUGAAUCCUUCGGUAUUGAAGGGGACACGAAAUGUAUGCUUGUGUUUUGAUAAUUCAUCAUUGGAAGUUGGU